CAAAAGUUGUGCAAGUCCAAAUUAAUCUCCUCAUAGUCCCAAAGAAUAAAAUAUAAAAUGCUGAGAGUUUCAUUAAAUUGGCCCAAGUACUACUCUUUAAUGAGAAGAAUCAUUAUUCCUAUAGCCAACACAAAAUCUUCAACACUCCUCCUUCAAAUUACUUCAAAUAGUUCACUUAGGCUUAUAAGGAAAAUGAACCAAGAGGUACCUCAAAUGCCUGGCCAACAUGAAAAUCUUCCAUCUGAUUUCCCUACUACCACAACACCACCAAUUAUAUCUACACCCACCGAUGCACCACCGGCAGUGGAGGACUCCCCUUUCGUACCGGACUUUGAUGCUAUUCCACCUAUAAGAUCAGGUGAAAAUCCUCCAACACCAUCUCCAUCACCAACUGCACCACGAACUGACACUCCUGAAUUUUCUGAUCCGCCAAAUACUUUGCCGCCUGGCCCCGAUGCACCGCGACCGCCCACGUCACCACCAUCCGGACAGCCAGAAGAGUCCCCACCACGCACUCCAGAUGGUUUGCCUCCUAAUAAACAACCUCCAGAUCCUGCAGAGCAAAUUAGAACAUCUAAUGUCAAAUCUGAAUAGUAGAGUAGUGAGUAUUUAAGUAUAAAUGGAAGUUCAGGUUCCCGUUUUCUUGAUGUUAAGGAUGAUUGUUUGUAUGUUUAAUUUCCGCUUAGAACUUGGCUAUUAGUUGAUCA